AUGAGAAUACCAGCACCGCCGGCGGGAGCGGGCAUUGCCGUUCCCGUCCUGACGCUGCUUGCGGCGUUCGUCGUCCUCAUCUUUGGCUUUGCCGAGGCGUACUGGACCAACCAUGCGAGCGACUGGGACACCUACCGCAUGUUCGAGUCGAGAGAGUACAAGAACUGGAGCACGCCAGUGGCCAUUUUUUUCAUCGGCCUCGCGCUCAUCGGCUUCGGCGUGGGGUGGUUUGGCCUCAAGGCGCGGCAGAGCGCCCGGGUGCGCCGCGUCGUCGUCUGCCUCGCGCUCGCGUCGGCCGCUGUGCCGCUGACCUUGCCGCUCGCCGUUAUCAACAUUGUGCGAAGAUAUGUCACCAAGGAGUUCAUCGUCCACAACUGUGGCCUGCAGUGGAUGGCGACGCACAAGGUCUCGUCGUCUUUCACGCUCGACCUGGAGAAGACGUGCGAGCCGCUCUGGAAGCGCGACACCAACCUGUGCAUCACCGCUUCCGUCUUUCUCCUCCUGUACUCGGUCUGGCUUACCGUCUACGGCAUCUGGGCGUACCGCCGCCUGUCGACGCCAGCACGCCCACGCAUUUCCGCACCGCUGAGCUACAUUGACGGUGGACCUCGCAAGUCCGAGGCCGACACGAUCCGGAGCUUUGGCAGCGUCGUGAGCUUUGGCACCGGCGCACCAAGCAUGUGGACUGCCGGGACGCACACCCUGCCCUCGACGCCGCAGAAGCUGCACAAGCUCGGCGACAGGACAGAAGUGCUCACGGAAGCGGAAGUCGACGGCGGGAGUGCUCUCCAUGUGCCCGUGGACGAGGAGGAGGGCGACGACGUCUUCCUGGACAAGCCGCGCGCGCACUUCCUCAUGGCCGAGGGCUCCUCCCCACGCGGUUCGACCGAGAGCCAGCGGGACAGCUUCAAGACGGCGCCAGGGUCAGCACGUACCUCGCUCCAGGCAGCACGCGAGCUCGACAAGCGGCUUUCGGCACGGCCCAUCCAAUCGGCGCGUCAGUACUCCGUGUUUGAGACCGACUCGUCCGCGGACGGCGAGAGCAGGAAGAGCAUGGCGACGAGCGUGGGUUCCCCUAGCCCGAAACGCAAGACGCUGCCCGCGCUGCCCCCAAGCGCGAGCGCACGGAGCAGCACGAAGGCGAAUGAGCGGGCGGGCGGGGUAUCCAGCGUCGCGAGUGGGCGGGACGGCAGGCUGAGCAGCCGCAUCAGCGACAUCCUGAGUGGCAUGCCCCCUCCCCCACCGAUCCCAGCAGGCGGGUUCGACCUCGGCCGGUGGGGCCAGGCGAACCGGGCUGCGACGCGGAGCACGACCGAGCUCACAGCGGCGGCCGCUGCCCUCUCGCCCCCGCCGCCAAGUUAUGCCCCUGACCGCCGCUCGGCACGCAACUCGCGCCUCACGACGCGGACCACCGCAAGUGACAGGCUCACGAACCGCGGCAGCCAUGUGCCCUCCGAGGCGGGGGUCACGCCGGCCCUGUCGAUGGGCCACAGCUCGAGCGAGAGCAGCGACGACGAGUCGGACAUGGGGAUGCGGUUCGAGCCGCUGCCGGCGUUCACGCCGCUGCGGCUGAGCUUUGAGCUGCCAGAGUAG